UUCAAUCCCUAGCCGGGGAACCUCCAUAUGCCAUGGAUGUGGUCCUAAAAAAAAAGACUAUAUAUAUCCUCAAAAACUGAUAGAACUGGAAAAAAAAAUGUAGAAAAUCCAAAAUUACAGUUGAAGAUUUCAAGGUGUCUCUCUUGAUAGCUGAUAGAACCAAUGAUAGAAAGAGCAUAGAAAAUGUCAACAAUACUGUCAACCAAAUUUUCCUAAUUACUAUUUAUAGAACAGCCCAACUAACAAAAGUUAAAUAUAAUUCUUCUGAGUUCACAUGGGACAUUCACCAAGAUAGACUAUAUUCUGAGCUAUAAAAUAAAUCUCAAUAAAUUUAAACUAUAUUCUUUGACCAUAGAAAAUUCAAAUUAGAAAUCAUAACAGAAUAAUAUCUAGAAAAUCCUCAAGCAUUUGAAAAUUAAACAAUACAGUUUUAUAUUAUUAUAGUCAAUUGAAUGAGAACAACAUGAAAUUCUUGGCUGCAGAUUAGAGAUUAUUGUCAUUUAUCCUUACAGAGUUUUCCUGAAGCUCUGCAUUAAAGAUUUGUAGAUUUAUGUUGAGAUCAGUUCAGAAAUCUGUUGUCUAGACAGAUUAAUCAGAAUGUUAGCAAAACAGUAUUAUUUAUUUUGUGUGUUGUAAAUUACCAUAGGUCUCUUUUGAGAAUAGAAUCAGGGAAGAGGGAGGGGGAGGGAGAGGAGAAGAAAGAGGAGAAAGAAGAGAAGAAAUUUCAAAAACAUUAGUGGAGUUGCUGCCAUAAUAAAAAUUAUUCAGAUAUAGGGAGAUUAGACCCUUUCAGAAGGUUAGAGCUCCUCAGGUAUUCCUCAAAAGAUCCACAAGAAGAUAAAAAUGUCCAAUUUUUAAUUUCUAUCUUCUCUUCUACCUGUAAAAAUACUUUGCCAUAACUGUAUAUGAAUCCUCAGGAAGAAUGUGGCUGAUUUAGUCAUUUAGGUAAACUAAUACUCAUUAGUUAUUUACCAUAGUAAAUACCAAAUAUUUGCCAUAAUUUAUCAUAGUUUAGGCAUCAUACUAGAUUUUUAUUUACAAUCUUUUUAUCUGCUAAACCUCAAACUGGAGAUGAAAAAACUGAGGCAGAAAGGAAUUGAGUAAAUAACCUCUACAAAGUCACACAACCAGCAGGUAGAUGGAUAGUAAAGAGAGUAUUCUACUCCAGGUCUUUUUGACUUCAAAAUCCAAAUUCCAUUAUUCAUAUGCUAAACUGUAACAGAGUGCCUUCUUUUUCUCUAUCCUUACCUGAAGCAGUUGUCUUCUCUAGAAUCCAGUAGGAAAGAACAGAGCCCUUUGGUCAUGAGUCUCUUUGUAAAGUUAAUAGCCGCCCUAGGAGAUGUGAAUUGAAUGAAAUAUUCAGACAUUUGUCAGCCUGAUGGACACCAUGGUCCCAAGCAGAGGAACACUAUGUAUAGAUGUCAAAUAACCAGUAACUUUAAUUAAAUUACUAGGUAAUUUUUGAUCAAAUAAAAAGAUAUAAAAUUUUUCAAAAAAGACAUGCUUUACUGAACAAUAUCUAGUACAAACUAUGCAUAGCUUAGAUGUUAAGUUUGUUGUCACCAGCCCAGGGUUUAACAUGACAUAGCCUCUCUUUGAACAGAGUUAUUACCGUGUCCAACUUGGUAUGAAGUUUUCUUUUCUUCCCAACUCCCACUCCUUGACAUCAGCUUAAAGCCUGUUUACCUUGUUAGCUCAGAUGAGAGAUUUCUGUAAUUUGACUUUAAUAAAUCUGGAAGUUCAAAUUUCUGCAGCACCCAGAAUAUUAGAAACCUUUUGAUCGAUGUAGUUAAACUUUUGCCUAAGAAAAGAUUCACCCAUGGAGCAAGCUAACUCAGUUUAUUUCAGCUUAUUAAUACGAGACUAAGCGACACCAACAUAGAGCUAAGCUGGUUGAUAAAGAGACUCUACAUGUUUACAGUCUCUUUUCAACAUUUGGGAAUCAUCCAACUGCCUGCAGAGAAAUGGUCAAGUAUAAUAUGCAAAGUCUUCAAUUACUUUAUGAUAGAGCACAUUGAUUCACUCAAAGUCAACACAGGUUUAUUAAGCUCAUACCACAGUUGUAUAGAAGGUAAAAAAAGAUAAGCAUUUAUUCCAUAGUCUGAAGAGGUUUUAACGUUAGAAGGUUGUAAGACAGGUAAACAGCCAUACAUAAGACAAAGGAAGAAAAGUGUCUUAAAAGGUGCAAAGUGGUGGGAGAAUCCAGAGGAGUGAUUAGAGCUUCUUGGGAAAAGAUCUAAGCCCUGAAGGAGAAAUAGUCCUUAGUCCUUGGACAGACAGGUAUUGGGGAAGAAAGAGGUAACAAGCAAUGUUUCGGAGAGAAAAAAAUAUCAUUAAUAAACACACAACACACAAGUGUUAAUUGUAUUAAUAGUGAGCCAUUCAUUGAUUUUAUGUGGAAUUCAGGUAUCCUCACACUACAUUUGAAGCAACGAUGAGAAGUAAGAUUCAAAAGGUAUGUUGGGGUUUAUUCUGGAGGAAUUAUAAUAUGAAAAUGGAAAUUUGUAAUUCAAGAAGCAUUACUAAUAUAAAGUUGUCACAUUGAUUUACUAUUGUUAUUGGUACUGUAGGGAAUAUAGACUAACCAACUGCCCCCAUACUCUUCUUACAUAUAAUUUUAUCAUUUGUAGUGUUUACAUAGCAUUUCAUUAUGUAGAUUUACCAGCAUUUAUUUAAUCAUACCCCUAUUGUAGGACUGAUAAACUGUUUCUAAUAUUCUGUAGUUGUAAUAAUUUUGAAAUAACCUUCUUUUGAUAGUGUUUCCCUUUCAUAUUACUUCCACAGGCUAGAAUCUUAGGUAUUAAGCUGCUUGGAUAAGAUUCAAAACAAUUUAAGAUUGCUGAUACAUAUCUUAAGAUUAAUUUGCUCUACCAUUUGUGCAAAUUUACAGUUUUUGUGGUUUUAAAUUUAGUAGUAUUAAAAAGGAGACAGCCAAAAUGGAGUUACUUGUGCUAAACUCCAUGUCAGCAUACCAAGAUUUAAUACCUAACUUAAUUGUAGUUUCAACACCCCAGGAAUGUAACCUUUAACCAGUCAAUUUAGAAUCACCUGGUCAGCUCUAGUGAGGUCAUCUGCCAUGUAGGCCCCUCUGUUCCCCUCAGGAAGGUAGCCUUUCCUGAAACAAUACAUUCUUUGCUAAUAAUUUUCUUUUUUCUGCCCUUUUCUCCCUUUAAAAACUUCUCCUUUUCUACAGCUUGGUGGAGCCAACUUAACCUUUGUAUUUACUCAGUUAAAUUUUUCUUGUUUAACAGUAGCCUAUAUGGAUUUUAAUUUUUGCCCCUGAGAGUAGUACAGGUGCUGCUAAGCCUCUGAUAAAUAUAACUCCAUGGAAGACUUCUUUAAAAAAAAAAUUCUCAAGAAGAGAACUUUAAUAAGUUUGACUAAAUAUUUAGAAAGCAUAUUGUGUUGAGUGAAACUUUAUGUAUAAUGAACAAUGAGAGUAAUAGAAGAACAUUUUGGAUGACUGGUCUGUAAUUGUCUCAGCGAGCACAUACAAAGAAAGCAAGUUCUUUUGAUUACUUCCUCAAACACCCGACACAAUGGGGGAAGUGGAGGAAAUGUCCCAUGAACACUAUGAAAAGAGAACCAGAAAGUCUAAUGUGUAAACUUGGAGAUAUGACAGCAUUAGAAAACAAAACUACAGAAGAGAACACCUUCCAGAAUAAUCUGGGAUGCACUAAAGACAAGUAUUCACUACAGUUGGAGCUUUAUCAAAUCAGCACUGAGAUAAGUGGAAUAUUUGACCUUCACCAUGAUCAACAAGUCUUUCUUUGAAAUCAUGUUGGUACUGCUGGCUUCUUCCACUGGCUUCUCCCGCGAACUGAAACUGGUUCUUUCCCAACAAAGGAGAGUGAACAGAGAGAGUUUAAAACUCUUGAAUAAAUUGCAGACCUCAUCAAUUCAGCAGUGUCUGCCACACCGGAAAAACUUCCUGCUUCCCCAGAAGUCUAUGAAUCCUCACCAGUACCAGAAACAACAAGCACUGGCCAUUCUUCAUGAGAUGCUUCAGCAGAUCUUCAGCCUCUUCAGGGCAGUUAUUUCUCUGGAUGGUUGGGAGGAAAGCCACAUGGAAGAGUUCCUUGUUGAACUUCAUCAACAGCUGGAAUACCUAGAAGCACUCAUGAGACUGCAGGCAGAGCAGAAAAGUGACACCUUGUGUAGUGAGAACCUUACGUUACAGGUUAAAAUGUAUUUCCAAAGGAUCCGUGAUUACCUGGAAAACCAGGACUACAGCAGCUGUGCCUGGACCAUUGUCCGAGUAGAAAUCAACCGGUGCCUAUUCUUUGUGUUCCAACUCACGGGAAAACUGAGCAAACAAGGAAUGGAACCUUGAACCAUGUGGAGCCAACUACAGACUUUAAAAGCAUAGGGGUGAGGAGAACAAGACUUUAGAAGUGAAAUAUGUGGAGUUCCCAUCUUGGCGCAGUGGAAAUGAAUCCAACUAGAAACCAUGAGGUUGAGGGUUCAAUCCCUGGCCUUUCUCAAUGGGUUAAGGAUCUGACAUUGCCAUGAGCUGUGGUGUAGGUCGCAGACGUGGCUCAGAUCUGGUAUUGCUGUGGCUCUUCUGUAGGCCAGCAGCAACAGUUUUGAUUAGACCCCUAGCCUGGGAACCUCCAUAUGCCGUGGGUACCACAAAAGACAAAAAAAAAAAAAAGUGAAGUACGUAACUUGCCUUAAAAAAAAAAAAGAAAAGAAAAGAAAACCACAGCAAGCCACAGAGCUAAGCAAAUGCCAGAGCAAAGAUUCCCUCCCAAGUCUGUCUGACGCUAAAGCCUGCAUUGUGUUCUCUACAACUGAACAGCAUUGUGCAAUAUCACUGGGAAUUAUAAUAAUGACAAUGAUGAAAGUAUUGACCCCAGCUUGGGAAUUUCCAUAUGCUGAAAGUACAGCCAUUUAGAAGAAGAAAGAAAGAAAAAUGAUGUAUGUAGAGAUUAUAAUAUCCCAGAUACAUCCCAGGACAAUAACUGCCUUUUAAGGAAAAUACUCCAAACUAAAUUUCUUUCUGUAAGAGUUUCUAAUCUUCCUAUGUUUGAAUGAAAUGAAAACUGCAACCCUAGCAAUAACUGCUUGGACAAAGAUUAUGUUGUGGGCAUAAAGGAAACCAAAUUUCUGAAAGAUAGAGGAUUCCAAGGUGGAAGAUGGUGAGUGAUCUUGUAAUCUCUACUGAGAUGUGUAGAUUUUGGUAAAUAAAGAGAUUUGGGGUACAUUACUGGAAUUGAUUUUGGCACUUAGUCCAUGUUUUCCCCCCUUUCCUCGAGUCUGCCUGUGUCCAAUGACUGGUCCAUGUGGAGGUUUAAAGGCUCAGACCCCUCACUCCACCUCCAAAGGUCAUGGUGGCUUCAGAGCCCCCCACUGUGAUUGGCUAAGACCACUUUGCAACUGCACUACAGCUCACCCUGUGCUCAAUCAUCCUGGAUUAUCUUCCUUUAAGUGUUAAUCCCAUAGUACUCCCUAAUAAAUUCCUUGUGUGGUAAUUUUUGUUGCAGAGUCUGUUUUCUCAAUACUUGACCUCCAGUAGCAAAGCAUACAGAACUUCCAUUUAGGGCCAUAGAAAACCCAAACUUACAUUCUCUUAACUUGGCCUGGAAAAUUUUUUCCCCUAGUAUGUGUUAAUAUAUCAUUCAUGCUAUUCAUGACUCAUUUAAAAAUUUUCCCUUCACAGGAAGCCCUUAUAGUUUGACUUAUCUGCAUCUAUUUGUGCCCCCCUAGAUCACAACUUUUAUCAUGUCACAAACUACAUUCUACUGUAAUCCAUUACUUAUCUUCCAACUAGAAUAUGACCUACUUCAUGGUAGGGAAAUUACUCCUUAUCUGUUUACCUUGUACAUUCUUGAGCAUAUAACAGGGGCAAUCCUAAUAUUGAAUCAGGGAGUUCCCGUCUCAGCUCAGCAGUAACAAACCUGACGAGGAUCUAUGAGGAUGUGGGUUUGAUGCCUGCCCUCACUCAGUGGGUUAAGGAUCUAGCAUU